AUGCUGUUCCUCUCCAGGCUCGCCCUCCCCUUCGUGAUCAACGCUGCAAAACCUAUCACAGGAAAAAUGGCAAAUGAAGAAGUGAAGCAUCUCGAAGACUGCUCUGUUUCCAAUGCAUUGGGCACUUGGGUAUUCUCAGUGGCAGGAGCUCUGCUGGCGAUUCCGGUGGGGAUAAAGCGCAAAUCUCUGGCACCCCUUGUAUUCUUUGGCACUACUGGUACUAUGCUGGAUAUUAUUAUGGGAAUUAGUGCUUGCGAAAGGGAACAUGCGGAGCGCCAAAUGAAGUUGCUAGAUGCUCAAAGAGCUGCAACCGACACUUCUUUGGUGGAGGCAAAGACGGAUUCAUAGUCAGUAUAUAUCUUUCUAAGUUGUCAAAUUUGUUUGGUUUAUUGUAACAAACCAAAUGCACUUCUCUGGUGGUCCAUGGUCAAAUGUUCUAAUUGAUGCUUUUGGAAUUUUACCUUUUAAGAUAUGUAAAUUAAAGCAGGUUAAUAAGAAAGCAUUCCUUUGCCCAUUUA